AUGAAGUGCAUCCCGAUAAUAGUGAAAAGAAGGGAUCCAAACCCAAUGCUGAUUGGACCAAGAAUGUCGCUCCUCCUCCAAGAUCCUCCCCACUACGUCGUCUUAAUUCGCGGUUUGCAGUUGCUCAGGGAGGCACUUACCCUGCCUCCAGGACCCUGGGGGCUACCAAUUUUGGGUUCGUUACCUUUCCUGAAGGGAGACCUUCACCUGCAUUACCGAGACCUCACCCACAAGUACGGGUCGAUGAUUUCUACCAGAUUGGGGUCCCAGUUGAUAGUGGUUUUAAGUGAUUACAAAAUGAUUAGAGACACUUUUCGGAAGGAAGAUUUCACCGGCAGGCCUGACACCGAGUUCACCAACAUCCUUGGAGGUUAUGGUGUUAUCAACAUUGCCGGUAAACUGUGGAAAGACCAACGCAGAUUCUUGCACGAUGGCCUUCGGCAUUUUGGAAUGUCUUAUCUCAGUUCGAGAAAGACCCAAAUGGAGAGUAGAAUAAUGACUGAAGUGGAGGAAUUCCUCAUGGUCCUCAAAGCUCGAGUGGAAGAACCUGUGGACCUGAAUCCCGUGUUCGCCGUAUCAAUUUCCAAUGUCAUCUGCGAUGUCAUCAUGUCAGUUCGAUUCUCUCACAACGACACUAGAUUCAUUCGUUUCAUGAAUCUGAUCGAUGAGGGCUUCAGAUUGUUCGGGUCGCUGGAAGCUACCCUUUUCAUCCCCAUACUCAAAUAUUUGCCUGGACAUAACUCGACUCGUCAGAAAAUCUCGAAGAAUCGUAGCGAAAUGGCGCGAUUCUUUCAAGAAACAAUUGACGAGCAUAAAGAAACCUUCGAUCCGAGUCACAUGAGGGAUCUUUUAGAUACUUAUUUGUAUGAAAUCCAGAAGGCAGAUGAAGAAGGAAAUGGACAUCAUUUAUUUGAAGGCAAAGAUCAUGAUCGCCAAAUGCAACAAAUCAUGGGUGACUUAUUUUCCGCUGGUAUGGAAACAAUCAAGAGUUCACUCCAAUGGGCGGUUUUGUUUAUGCUUCAUCAUCCUGAUAAGAUGAGAGCUGUGCAAGAAGAGUUAGACCAAGUUGUUGGUCGUCAGAGGUUACCUAAACUAGAAGAUAUGUCCUAUUUACCAGUUACCGAAUCCACUAUUUAUGAAGUCCUGAGGAUAUCGAGUAUUGUGCCAAUGGGAACCACUCAUGCUCCAAUUAGAGACGUCAAACUCAACGGCUUCCAUCUACCCCAAAACGCCCAAGUCGUCCCCCUCCUCCACGCAGUCCACAUGGACCCCACCCUCUGGACCGACCCGGAAAAAUUCAACCCCUCCAGAUUUAUCAACUCCGAGGGCAAAGUCACCAAGCCCGAAUACUUCCUACCCUUCGGCGUGGGCAGGCGGAUGUGCCUGGGCGAAGUUUUGGCCAGGAUGGAACUUUUCAUGUUCUUCUCCUCGUUCCUGCACAGCUUCGACAUCUCCGUGCCAGCGAACAGCACCCUGCCCAGUCUCAAGGGUGUCGCAGGCGUCACCAUCAGCCCUAAGCCCUUUAGGGUGAGCCUCCAAGCCAGGGCGAUGGAGUGGGAUCACGUGGACCCGAGCCUGAGGCCAGCGGGCAGCCACUAA